UUGGUCAGGCCUGGCUCCGAGAUGGCGGCGGGCGCGGUGUCCAACCCGUCCCAGCUCCUGCCGCUCGAGCUUGUGGACAAGUGCAUAGGGUCACGUAUUCACAUCGUGAUGAAGAGUGACAAAGAAAUCGUCGGGACGCUUCUGGGAUUCGAUGACUUCGUCAAUAUGGUGUUGGAAGAUGUUACAGAAUUUGAGAUUACGCCUGAGGGCAGAAGAAUCACAAAGCUAGACCAGAUUCUGCUAAAUGGAAAUAACAUAACAAUGCUGGUUCCUGGAGGAGAAGGACCUGAAGUAUAAAGUGAUGCAGUUGUCAUCUAUGAAGACAUGUUAUUCAUACCUAUUUUAUAUAUAUGUGUGUAAAAUCUAAAUAGAGAUUUUGGGGAUAGAGGUGUGGAUUGUCUGUUUGCUGUGUUUAUACACUUGACAUUUUACAAAAGACAAGGAUGUUGUCGGAAAAGGUGCUGAUGGCAAUGUUGACUUUGUAAGUUGAAAUCAUGACUUUCUUGUAAAGACACACAAACCUGUUUUGAAUAAAAGGCUUUCUUUUUAUUAGUUACUGCGUUCUGUUAUGUAAGUGCACAAGUUGGAUAAUUUUGUAACUAGUUGAUGGAAUAGAAAAAUUACUGUUAGAUCUCAGUUGCCAUCAGUCUUCAGUUUUUUCACAUCUGUCACCUUUGUUUCUGGCCCAAGUCUAUAUAAUACACAAGUCUUGAGCCAGGAGUUGCUGGUCUUUGGCACAUAGGCAGACCCUGAGCUAGAUGUUUUGUUUAAAGGCUACUUUGGGCUGUAUCACUGGAAACCAUGGGGCAGGUGCUGUAGAGUUCUAAAAGCCCUUCAAACUGGGUGCAUCCAUUUGAUGCUCACCAGCUGGCCUUGGGGUUCAGCUCUCUUGGACUUCUUUUGUUUGGUGGAUAUACUUUCCUAUAGGAAAGGCACUGUAAUGGCAGUUGGCAAGGAAGAACAGACAGACCAGACCUAGUGCAUGUUCGUGAUGUAAAAAAAGCCAAAGGCUGGUGCUAAAUCUUCUCAUUGAUGUCAGUGGUGACUCUGCUUUCACCACUCAGUGAUGCUCUGUAUGUUCUGAGUAAAUGAUUUGCAAUUGCAAUGUUUAGAUUGUGUGAUGACAAUCUGUACCAUUUACUCCCUGAAUGUUUUUUUCUUUUCUAUUGCCAUAUCCUUUUCCAGUGUUUUUUAAAUACAUAUAUUAAAAAAACGUGUUUUUUUAAACUUAUAUUUGGUUGAAACAUCAUCUGCUAGAGUAUUUGCCUCAAGCAGUUUCUUUCCUAGAAAGAAGUUGAGUCUUCUCAUUAGCACACCAGAAAGAUUUCUAGCCAGUGCAGCAAUAUGGUGUUGGGAUUUUGUUGAAUAAGAUUCUAUGUAUGUUCCAGUGUGUGCAGAUCUCAACUGGUUUGCUUGGCAUUCAUUAUUUCUGUAGCCUGUUGCUUUGGAAGUGCGGUAAUAAGCUUAUCAAUUCAGUAAGUGAGUGCUGAUGCUUUUUGUUCUUCCUCCCUUAGAAAUCAAGUGCUUAUUCAUUGUGGUUAUUCACUGUCCUGUAGAAGCUGUGGACACUGGUAUUCUCCAGAAUGCUACUGAGGGUACAGCUACAAGUAGCUAAUUUAAAAUUAUAACCUUAGGCUUUAAAAAGAUGGAAAAGUUAAUGGUGCUUUAAGUUUAGAGCAGGGUAGUCAUCCAGUUAAAAUAAUGUCAUGGUUGUGACAUGGUGCUGAUUCUUUCCUGGUUUUUGUUGGUUUUGUUUUCUGUUUUUCUUUAGGAUGGCACUGACUUCAGUGGUCUUUAGUUCUGCUACCUGGCUGUUUGUCUUAGAAAGUUCCUUUCUGCCUGUAUUUCAGUUUACUUGCUGUUCAGUCUGGGUGUUCAUAUCCUCUGUUUUUCCUGUAACCUUACUGAAAUUAUUAAAACAGCUCUCACCA